AUGGCGGUUUCUAUUCACGCAUCUUUGACCGCCCGCCUUCCGCUCGUCUUGAGUCCUGUCACCAAGCCAAUCACAUGCUCCCACGUAAGACCGUCAGGUGUUUCGCAAUCUUCGCCCGUUAGCCUGAAAGUGACGCCGCGCACUAGUGUGGCGGCCAGCGCACGGGCGGCUCGGGUUUUCCGAAUCCGAAGCAGCGCGCAGAGUGGAGAGCAGGAAGCGGCGGAAUCCGCGGUGGCGGCGCCGGCAGGGGAGCGCCCGAUGCCCAAUUUCACUUGGACUCCGAGCCCUGCGUCGCAGAGUUUUCGCAAUGAGAGUCGCACGUCGCCCACGGGGCUCGUUCCGUUCAACUCCGGCGCCGCCGGUCGCUCGCUGUCGCUGCAGAGCAUUAGCAAAGAGGAGGCGUUGGGCGUGGUGAUUAGCGCCGCGAUGGGCACGGGGUGGAAGACCAUGACGGGACUGGAAGGCCCGUCCGCGCCCGUUGACCCCGUUGACUCCGUUGACUCGCUCGGCAUGCCCAUCAUCUCGCCCGUGUCGCCGCGGCGCACGGCGCGCGUCGACUUCACGUGCAACAAGUGCGGCAGCCGCACCAGGCGCGCCAUCAAUCCGCACGCGUACCGAGAAGGAACCGUCUUCGUGCAGUGCCAGGGCUGCCAGACGCGGGCCAGCAUGGCUUUGCCGAGCACCGCUCCGUGGACGUUCUUGGGGUGGAUGGCGAUGGUGGUGCUGGUGACGGCAGCUCGCGUUUCGACUUUCCUCGCUUCUGAGGGAUAUGCGGAGUGA